AUGUUCUUCGCAAAAGCAUUGCGAUACCUCCGAGGCAGAGAACCUCCAAAAUCAUCCUCAAAAUCCCUGGAUGACCUGCCAAAUGAACUCCUCGACUGGAUCUGUGGCUACUGCGAUAAGCCGGGAAUCAAAGCCUUGAGGCUGGCAUGCCGCACUACCAGUCAUGUUGCCACUGCAUACCUUUUCCCGGAGGUGGUGAUGCUCAUGAAUCGGGACAGUCUGGAAGCAUGCCAUGGUGUUGCUGCACACCCAAUAUUCUCCAAGACAGCGAGGAAUCUGUGGAUUCAGGCCGAUCGCCCGCGAAAAACGACCCUGGAGGAGUGGAACCUGGAACUCAAGGAGAUCACUGAGUUGGAUCUCAUCACAGUGGCAUCGGACCGUAUUGACCAAGAGCUCGUUGUGGGCAGCAGAGAACACACCGCCGCGAUGGACGCAGUGUUUCGGGAGGCCCGCAACCAGUUUCACAUAGAGAAGUCGCCAUUGUCGAAGGAACAACGCCAAUGUUACCAUGCGCAUGCAGUCCGCCUCGCUACGGACGCCCAGCAAAUGAUGCGCGAUCAAAGUCUGUUCGCAUGCUUGCGUGAGGUGCUGACGAAAUGCGACCAGAUCGACAGCGUAGAUCUCACGACGUGCCAUCAUCUUCGGAAAGCGACGACUGCCCACAAUAAGAGCUUCGCACAGGGUCUACUACGGCCGUUCGGCGACCUCAAUGAACAAGAAUCCGGCGUUGAUGCCAUGACCCAGCUUAUGCUCGCUGCCUCCAGCGUCGGAUUUAAGCCCAAGAAGAUCAAUUUGGGAAACUUGUCGCACCUCAUUCUCAUCAAUAAGGAAGACUUCUCGGAACAGCUCCAGGAACUUUUCACCAAUGUCGAACACUUGGUCUGGGAGUUCUCUGUCCCGGUCUACGACGAUGCCUUCACCUUGGACAGGGACGCCUACGAGGAUAUUGCGCCUGAUCUCCGCGAAACCAAAGCUCUUGUCUCCCUCAUGGAAGUCACGACAAAAUUGCAGCAUCUUCGUCUUGAACUCCCGGACCAUCCGGAUGCCGAUAUUUAUGUAACACUGCAGGAUAUUGUGGGCGGCACCACCUGGAGACAUCUGACGCACCUGGACAUUGCAAACUUCGAAGCAAAGCCGGACGACUUGACAGAUCUUCUCAUACGCCACAGAGAUACCCUUGCACAUGUGAAACUCGGCACAGUCUGUCUCCAGACAGGAACUUGGCCCGAGUGCUUUGAGACAUUCGCCGGGAAAUUGCCCAAGAUUGAACAAUUCGAGGUCAGGGGAAGAUUCAGCGAUGAUUCCAUCGACGAGUCGUUCUUGUGGUUCGGAUGGCCGGACGAGAAGCACAAUAACGCACGGGGCGAAGAGAUCCGCAAGUUCAUCAUCAAUGGCGGCGAAGAAUGCCCGGCAAUCCACUACCAACAUGAUGAGGACGAAUCCACGUCUGAGCAUCCGAGCGAAGGGAACGACGAGGAUGGAAACGUUGAUCUGGGAGAUGACGAGGACGAUGAUGACGCCGAGCACGAGGAUAUCUAUGGACUUGACGAGGAUGAUCAGGGCCACGGUCCCAUCUAUCAAACUCCGAACGGGCCGUGGCCAUGGAUUGGGUGA